AUGCUUCAUUUCCUAUGGGGCCUUGCAGUUUCCCUUCAGUUCCUCCUGGGCCUUGCUUCCGACCCCCAUGACCCAUGCUAUGAUGCCAACCGACAUCCGCACUACUGCUUGCCUGAGCUAUCUGAACUUGCAUCAGGGCGCCUGGUGGAAGCAUCUAGCACAUGUGGCAGCCCUCCUCGGCGACUCUGCACCUUCCAGGACUCCGCUGAUCUAACGUCGAAAUUCUGCCAGCGCUGCGAAGCAAACUCCCACUCGCCAGAGUACCUCACUGAUGCUGACGGUGGUGCCACUUGCUGGUGGUCUCAGCCCAUGGCCAAUGCCACACUCACUCUGGCACUCGGACGCAGAGUGGAGGUUCUCUAUGUGGCUCUCCGGUUCUGCUCCCCGCGUCCAGAAUCCCUGGCGAUUUACAAGUCAAUGGACUAUGGGCGGAGCUGGAUGCCUUUUCAGUUCUUCUCCACCCACUGCCGACGGCGCUACCGCUUGCCUCCGACCACCAUCAUCCUGAAGGCCAUGGAACACGAGGCCGCUUGUAUCGAUGCCCAAACAGCCCCCAAACCUCUAACUGGGGGGUUGGUAGCCUUCAUGCCCCUAGCAGGCCGCCCCUCGGCCCGGAUGUUUGAGUAUAGCCCUGUGCUCCAGGACUGGGUGACGGCCACAGACCUCAGGGUGUCGUUUGACCGCAUGCAUCCCACGCGAACGCUGGGGUUGCGAAGAAGGGAGGCAUCCUACGGGGUGGCUGAGCUGCAGGUUGGGGGCCGGUGCAAAUGCAACGGGCACGCAUCACGCUGCACAGCUGGGCAAGACGGAGGGGUGCCCCAGUGCGUUUGUCAGCACAACACAGCUGGACCUGAAUGUGACACCUGCAAAGCCUUCUACUGGGACAGGCCCUGGCAACGGGCAACCCCCAAAGACGCGCAUGAGUGUGUGGCUUGUGACUGCAACCUCCACUCUCAUCGCUGCCGGUUCAGUAUGGAGCUCUUUGAACUCUCGGGGCGCCAGAGCGGCGGGAUCUGCUUGAACUGCCGCCACUACACGGCUGGCCGCCACUGCCAGUACUGCCUGCCAGGCUUCAAACGUGACCUCGGUCGCCCCAUCACAAGCAGCAAGGCCUGUAAAGCUUGCCAGUGUCACCCCAUUGGAGCAGUUGGCGCCAUUUGCAACCAGACCACCGGGCAGUGCCAGUGCAAGAAUGGGGUCACUGGCCUGGCCUGCAACCGCUGUGCUCCGGGUUUCCAGCAAAGCCGCAGUGCUCAUGCCCCCUGCAUCAGAAUCCCGGAAGUAAUGACAACUACAGUGUCUCCCCCACAGGAGUGGAACACAGGAUCAUAUGGCACUGAAUGUCAAACCCACUGCAAGCCGCCACGAGGACGUGUCCAGAUGAACCUGAAAAACUACUGCAAGAAGGAUUAUGUUCUCCACGCACAGCUAUUGGCGAUGGAGAAGUCUGGCACAUGGUGGCAAUUCACCGCUUCAGUCCUGACUGUCUACCGCCAGCGUCAUGUGCCCAUCCGGCGAGGCGAACAGCCACUCUGGGUGCCUGAGCAGGAUUUGGUGUGCCGAUGCCUCCACCUCCAAGUUGGCAAAGCUUACCUGGUUAUUGGCAACGAUGAAGAGUCUCCUGACCCUGCCCGGUUAAUCCUUGAUAAAAACAGCCUCGCCCUGCCCUGGAGGGAUGCUUGGGCACACAAACUGCGCAGUUUCCAGCAGCAGAGCAGACGAGGAAAAUGCCGGAUUGUCUGAGCCAUCAUGGCAGUGGUGGUGGGGAAUUGGGCGGAAGAAGUGAGGGCUAGGGGGAAGGAAAAGGGCCAAAUGUGCAACUUCCUGGUUCAAGUGCUUUGAGGUACCCCCUAUUCACUUCUGCCAUUGAGCAUGGGGGAAACUGUACUUAGGAGACACCAAUCCCAAAAUGAAACUGGUGGCAAUUUGGGGGUUUUCGUCCUUUCUUAGUUCUGAGUACACAUGGCCCUUCUCAUCUCCUCCAUCCUCCCAAAAGGCCUGUGUGGUGAGGUGACUAUUGUUCUCCUUUUACAGAUUGAGGGACUACUAUUACUACUACUAUUGUUAUUUAUAUACUGCUUUUCAACAAACCAGGUCUCAAAACAGUUUACGUGGGGAAAGAAUAAGAAUAGGAAUAUGGUUCUCUAUCCCUCAAAGGGUCCGCAGUCUAAAAAGAAAUGCAAGGCAGAAACCAGCAACAGCCACUGGAGGGAUGCUCUGCUGAGGUUGAAUAGAACCAGUUGCUCUCCCCCCUGCUAAAUAUAAAAGAAUCACCACUUUGAAUGGCACCUCUUUGCCUAGUUAGCAGGGACUGAGGCUGAGAGACAAGAACUUGCCUUAGGCCCUGCCAACGGAAAAUAUCUGGGUGCAGUCAGGCUGUCAAAUUUGGCCGUGAGGCAUACAAGGACUGCUAAACAGGCAGACAUGAAACAUGAGGCAAUGGUGGAAGGAAGGGGGAGGAUAGAUAGAGUGUUGAUCCAGGUUGCCAACGGAAGGUGUGGGGCCUUCUCAGAUAUUCCUCACCACCCCAAAAGACCAAGAGGGGAACGGAACAAUCUCGAAUCGUCUUUUGCCAGGCUUCCAGCCUAGGAUGUACUUGUUGAAAUAUACAGAAUGACAUGAAAUAUAUUUUUUU